UUUGUCUUUCCUUAAUUUCCAGAAGAAGACCUCUCUCUGCAAAAUCGUAAAACCUUCAGUGAGAGAGAGACCACAGAAGAAGCCUAGAUCGAGACGGAUAUUCUCCGCUGUUAGACAUCGAAGCUUAGGAACUAAUGUAUCCGACCGGUCAACAGAUGUCGUUUCAGACCGCUCCGUUCAUUGUUCAAAGUCCAACAACAAUGAUGCAGUUGGAUCCAAAGGAAACAAGCUCAGGAGGUGGAACACAGAACGGAGGAGGGAUGUCUGAGGCUGAGUUUGCUUUGUUCAAUUCCGACAGGCUUCAGUCUGAUCUUGAAGUCAUGGGUAACAAGAUCAAAGAGCAUGAAGACAACUUGAAGUUUCUCAAGUCUCAGAAGAACAAGUUGGAUGAAUCAAUCCUCAAAUUGCAAGUUCAUAUGGGCAAGCUUCAUACCUCAGGCAUUUCUACAAUUGAAAACACCAAUCUUCAGGGUGAAGAUAUCAAUGAACAGAUCCUUAGGCAAGUAAACUCAGCUGCUGGAGUUUUAAGCUAUGUUCAGUCUCAUCAUUACUCGCAGGCUUCUCAGCUGGAUAUGACAAACGGUGUAGUUGGAGUUGUAGCCAAACUUGGGAGAGUCAAUGACGAAAACCUGAGCCAGGUUUUGUCGGAUUACUUAGGGACUCGGUCGAUGUUGGCACUUGUAUGCAAGGAUUACAAAAGUGUUAAGCCUUUAGAGAAAUAUGACAACCAAGGCAACGUUGAUAGAAGUGGUGCCAUUCACGGGCUUGCCUCUUCUAUUGGCAGAACCAUUGAAGGCCAUUUCGAUGUCAUAUGUCUAGAAAAUCUCAGACCGUAUGUUGGCAAGCGCAUUGAUGGUGAUCCACAGAGAAGGCUUGAUCUUCCCAACCCCAAGUUGCCUAACGGCGAAUAUCCUCCUGGUUUUCUUGGAUAUGCUGUGAACUUGAUACAGAUAGAUCCAGCGUACUUGCUUUGUGUCACAGGGUAUGGAUACGGUCUUCGUGAGACCUUGUUCUACAGUCUCUUCUCCCAACUUCAAGUUUACAAAAGGAGGGUUGAUAUGGUUAGUGCCCUCCCAUGCAUAACUGAUGGUGCAGUGUCUCUGGAUGGAGGAAUCAUCAGAAAGACCGGGAUCUUCAUACUUGGUACCCGUGAUGCGGCGGCGGCGAAUGUGAGAUUUUCGAAGCCAAGUGCUUCACAGACAACGGGAAAUUAUAGUGAGGCGGAGAGGCAAAUGAAUGAGCUGAGAUGGACGAAGGAGAAAACACUGGAGGACAUAAAGAGAGCGCAAGUGCUCCGUGAUCAUGCUCUCUACAACUUUGGCAAGAAGAAAGAAGAGUUUGUUCGAUGCUUGUCUCAGAGUUCAUACACUAAUGAGCAAAUGAUUUCUCCCAGAUGACAAGAGAGCAAGCAAAGAAGCAUGAGCUGUGAGUGGUGGCCUGUGCUUCUAAAGGAAAUCAUAUUUUGACUUCAAGAAUGUGUGUUGCAGUUUAGUUUUUUUUACCACAAAAGGAAAACAUCUAGCGGCUUAGUAUACCGGUUUGGUUUAAAUUGGUUAGCUUCGGUUCUGCAUGUCUAGUCAUAUUUUUGUUACGAUUUGACUUGGCCAUGUACAGUACAUAUGUGAUUGCUACCCAACUUCAAGGCUUUAUGUUUACAUUGUCACAAGUGGUUUGCUUGCUUAUA